CACUCCUGACUCCCAUUUGGAGAUAUUUCAUUAACUCUGCUGCGCUGUCCUAACGCUGCCAACACAGAGACACCUUCCAGUAUAGUUUUUUUUUUUCUAUUCUCACAACAGCGGAUUGUUACGAAAAAAAGCUGCUGCAAGCAACUUUUCCCUGCAUAUUUCCCCCCCUACCAGAAUAUGUCGUUGACCAACACAAAGACGGGCUUUUCUGUAAAGGACAUUUUGGACCUUCCUGACACGAAUGACGAGGACGGAUCUAUCACCGGAGCGGAAGAAGACACGGAGGGAUCAGAGACCGCAUCCACGACGAAAAACGGUGGAGUUUUGGUGCAAAGUCCUCUAGAAAAUGUUCAAAAUCUACCUUUAAAGAACCCCUUUUAUGACAGUACUGACAAUCCCUACACACGAUGGCUUGCUACUACGGACAGUAUUCAAUAUUCAUUGUUUCUCCCGUUUCUUGUCGCAGUGCACGGUUUGUCCGCCAGCUCUCAGGACUCGGCCAAGUCUCCGGAGCCGUCUGCGGACGACGAAUCCCCCGACAACGACAAGGAGACGUCCAGCAGCGGCGGCAGCGACUCGGGCAAGAAGCGGAAAAGGAGGGUGCUGUUCUCCAAGGCGCAAACCUAUGAGUUGGAGCGCCGCUUCAGGCAACAGAGGUACCUGUCCGCCCCAGAGAGGGAGCACUUGGCCAGCCUCAUCCGUCUCACCCCGACCCAGGUGAAGAUCUGGUUCCAGAACCACCGGUAUAAGAUGAAGAGAGCCCGGGCCGAGAAAGGUAUGGAAGUGACCCAUCUCCCUUCUCCUCGGCGGGUGGCCGUGCCCGUCUUAGUCAGGGAUGGGAAGCCUUGUCACACUCUUAAAGCUCAGGACUUGGCGGCCACUUUUCAGGCCGGGAUUCCCUUCUCGGCGUAUAGCGCUCAGUCGCUCCAACACAUGCAGUAUAACGCGCAGUACGGCGCCGCGGCCACGCCGCAGUUCCCCACAGCACAUCACUUGGUGCAAACGCAACAGUGGACUUGGUGAGAAAAAUUAUAGAGACUUGGUUUGGAGGGUGGGCUGUAGGGUGUUUCACCGCAAA